ACAUUACAUUUCAGUGUAAGGUUUCCGGUGUUAUGGCGACCACCGGCAACAUCAUCGCUGUAGUCUGGAGGAUAUCAGGCUGUGUCUUCAGGUAACGUUAGGCCACCUCUCGCUCCAACUCGUAACAACUUUCUGUGGACGAUCGUUGUUGGGUGCUGUGAAGAGAGGCGGCUAGCUCACAUGUCUGUGUUAUUCUGACUAUGCUGCUGUUGGUAGUGCUGGGCAGCGUUUUUUCUUGCACUGUGGUCACCACCGAGAGGGCUGAGAAAACCCGCCACAAACCACCAGCACCGCUGCUUAACUACAGCGGGAUCUCCCUGCCGCCAGAGCACGUACCCUACUUCCUCUACAGCAACAAGUGGGUUGCCAAACACUGCCGCCUGGAUCCACUCUGCCCUUUUAAUGAUGCAUUACAGGACCUGUCUGCCUGUUGGGGUUACGAGAAAAACUGUGAUCCAGGCAAGCGCUUCAGCUAUCCAGUCUGUACCAAAGUUGACUCUGGAUGGGCCCGUUCACUGGACGCAGCCCAGGAGGUUUUCUGGAAGCAGGCUGAUUUUGGUUACGUCAAGGAGCGCCUCUCUGAGCUGAAAACGCUCUGCAAGGCCAGAAAGCCAGGGGAUUCAUCAUUAAAAUGCAGUAGCCACACUCGCUUCUGUAAAGCAACCAACCUUUACUUGGACUUGCGUAAGCCACACAGAAGUCAUGAGAGAUACAAGGAGGACUUCAUUCAGAAGGGUGAGAUUGGUGGUUGUUGCAGACUGAACAAGCGAGCGCUUGCUGCCGAGGGCGAGCACAAGAGCCCCUUACAGUCCUGGUAUGCUGAGCUUCAGACAUACACAGAGCUGGAUUUUCAUCCUGUACAGGAUGGACACUGUGACAUCAUCAUUGAAAAACCCACUGUUUUCAUGAAACUGGAUGCUGGCGUGAACAUGUACCAUCACUUCUGUGACUUUGUCAACCUCUACAUCUCCCAGCACAUUAACAACUCCUUCAGCUCAGAUAUCAACAUCGUCAUGUGGGACACGAGUUUUUAUGGUUAUGGGGAUCUGUUCAGUGAGACAUGGAGGGCCUUCUCAGACUAUGACAUCAUCCACCUGAAGACGUAUGACUCGAAAAGAGUGUGCUUCAGAGACGCCUUCUUCUCCCUCCUCCCGAGAAUGAGAUAUGGCCUCUUUUACAACACGCCUCUCAUCUCAGACUGCUACAGUGAGGGGUUGUUUAGGGCUUUCUCCCAGCAUGUCCUCCAUCGACUCAACAUCCCGCAAGAUGGGCCAAAGGAAGGGCGUGUUCGUGUCACCCUGCUGGCUCGCAGCACAGAAUACAGAAGGAUAUUAAACCAAGAGGAGCUGCUAAAUGCCCUGAAGACCGUGCCUUUACUGGAGGUCAGUGUGGUGGACUACAAAUACAAGGAUGUUCCCUUCCUGGUGCAAUUGAGGAUCACCCACAACUCUGACAUCUUUAUAGGGAUGCACGGGGCGGGUCUCACACACCUCCUCUUCCUCCCAGACUGGGCUGUCAUCUUUGAGCUAUAUAAUUGUCAGGAUGAGAGCUGCUAUCGAGAUUUGGCUCGGCUGCGGGGCAUUCGAUACGUGACUUGGCAGAAAAUGGACAAAGUGCUCCCACAGGAUAAGGGUCACCACCCAACCCUUGGGGACCAUCCAAAGUUUACCAACUACUCCUUUGAUGUGGGAGAGUUCAUGCGCCUUGUGCUGGAGGCAGCUGAUUACGUCACACAGCAUCCCAAAUGGCGGCGUCGAACCGUUCAUGACGAACUCUAGACUCUCUGUGACGGUGGGUGCCGGCUGCUGAAGAGUUUUUAGCAUGUUGUGAUCCAAAGCCUUCUUCACUUCGACAGAGCUUUUUUUUUAAAGAUUUUUUUUAAUUUACCUCAUCCACCAGUGGAUAUCAGCAGUCUGACUGAGUAUUUGUCACCUCCUGUCAGCUGUUUUUAGAAAUCUCGAUGGGGGAAAGCAGUAUGGCAGACGAGUUGGGGUGGGGGUUGAAUAGCUUCCACCAGCUCCAUUAGUGUCAAAUCAGUUAAAGGACAAGACGCGUACAGUCAAAGUAUCUGGAGAGCGAUAAGAUACAUCCUAUGUUUCUUCAUUACCUCCGCUGCAUCUGCUUCAUUCCGCGCCGACAAAGUUAGCUAAUGAGCAGCUGUUACGGUGUCCCUUCACAUGCAACAUCUUGUCACAUUUGAUCAGAGUCACCUUGAUGCGAGCCUCUUCAGAGCUGUUGACAAUCACGCCAGUUUUCAGAGUUUCUGAACAAAUCCCGCAUACGCCAGUCUAAUAUGACUUACAGUAUUCACAUGCUGGAUUCAUGCAUAUAGUUGACUUUUUUGCAUGUAGUUUGACUGACCUGAAUUUAUGUGGUUUUAAGUUAAGUUCAUCACAAACAUCAAUGAUUCUAAAAAUAAGAGACAGAAGACAAGACACUCCUGUUGUCCAGAGGGAUUUUGUUUUUAUAUCAGUAUUAGCGUUUGUAUGUGUGCAAGCACAGCCAAACUUUUACACACUUUAAUAGUAAGUACUGUGAAAGACAGAUCUGUGUGUUUGUCAGUAAAAUUCAACUCUCCAUUUUGUCUCACGUAGCAUAAUGAAAAUGAUGUAAACAUCAGAAAUGUUUGGCUGGGUUUUUAAAUGUACCUUUCACAUUGGUAAAAUUAACUUGGUAACAUUUAAUGUUUAAGCUUAUGUGUGAGUUGUUGGCUUGAUGGAAUAUACCACUGAUACUGAUGUCUGUUUUUUAUAUUCAGUUCCUUUGCAUUUUACCAAAGGAAAUGCCUUGUCAGUAUGGUUGAGUGAUGAGGGUGCUGCUGUUGUCCAUCACCUUUCCUGAAGCCUUUUGGAUGCUGUUAGCUUUAUAUUCAACAGCAAAUUAGUGUAAAAUGAAACGAGCACAAUUUGCAUGCAGUCUGACGCAAUGCACAAGAGUAUUUUGAGCACUCAGCAGAUCAUUUUCAUGUUUCUUGGCUUCUCUGUGAGCUUGAUGUUUUAUUUAUCAAUGAAACCAUGUUGAACUCAGACAGACCUUUUCGGUCAGGACUUUUGCUCAACUUGUAGGCGAUUUCAUAUUCAAAAGCUGUGUAAUAUUUUGAAAUAAAUCAUUCUGAAAAGUG